AUGGAUCACCUUCAGUGCAAGAUGCUGGCCUGGGAUCUGAUCUACUACGACAUCCGGAGCUGCAAUGCAGCUGCAAGUGGGUUGAGUUUGCCAGGCUUUGCUUGGGUGCGGAGCGUACGCUAUCUGCGCAUAGCAGAGAGGCACAAGUCCUACAACCCAUGCAGAUGGGUCAGGUACGUGACGCAGUCAUCAUCCUACGUUUGCCGAUUCUGA